AGUGAAGAGCAAUGCAAGGAGGCCAUGUCUUUAAUGAAAUACUGUUCUGAUGAAGCCACUAUCAAGGAGAAGAUGAAAGUUACAUUUGAGCGUCGCCGCAACAUGGUUUUGGACAAGGAAAAAUCUUCAUUCGUCUUGGAUGAAUUUCCACGCUUUAAAGAUGUUGAAGGCUUGAUUGCGCAAGAUUUCCACCUUCAGUUUGGACACGAUGUAGCUGCCAGGCUUUUGAAAAGGUGGCCUACAACAUUCAAGCAAAAGGUUAUUCAGCAGAGCAAGACUCUGCCCUCCUCAGCCGACCUUGAAGUGCUGAUCCAAUGUGCAGAAGCCACCUCAGAGGAAGUGGACAUGGAUGACAUUCUUGUCUCUGGAUGGGACAGUGAUCUCUCCUCAAUUAUCCUCCUCCUUCACCUGAUUCCUCCUUCCGCCCAAGGCCGUAAAAGACCAGGCAGAGUGUCGGCAUCCCAAGCGGAGAAGCAUCUUGUUGUGUUCAAGAAGAGUGGAACAAGUAUCGAAGAACACGUGGAUUCUAUCAACACUAGUAAGCAGCUCUAUCUACUUGCUCUCGGCACGAAGAGGAGCACCAUCCACAAGUUCGUCAUCAUUCUGGACAAGCAGGUUAUACCGUGCAAAUCAACAACCUCUCUUGGGGCGUUUGAUGAGUUGUUCAAAGCACACUUUGUGUUUGCCACUACGUAUAAUCAGAUGCUGCACAACAUGUACACCUUCAUACAGACGACCAUCUUCCAAAUAGAUAUUGGCAAAGUUUGUGAGAGCCCACGUGUGGCAGAGAUUAGGGCAAGGCUGUUACACUAGACAAUGCAUUCACUAAAAUGUAAGCAACCUAUUUGUUGCUCAUCUAUCUAUGGGAUUUUUAUUUUAUUUGUAAUUUUUUGUUGAUGUUGGUUAUUACAUUUGUCUUUUAAUACAAUGGGUCUGAUUUGUUUUGUUUGCCAGACUACUUUUGGGAGUACAAACUUGCUUGUGAGACAUAUGCGAUUGAUUCAUGGAUUUCACCCUGGUAAAUCACUUCGCCUAAAGUGUGGUCAGGCAGGGUGCUGCCAUUUUUUUGGUACCUUUGCAGGCUUAAGGAAACAUUUAAACACGCGACAUGCUCAAGAAAUUGCAGAGCAUGGGGUCAGAAGUCACACUGUAGCCUGUGAUAAUGUUCCAGAUAAUGUUCUGUCCCAUGAUGUUGAAGCAGCCGGUAGCUCCCAAGACAGUAGCUCUCAAGACCUAUCAGGGAGCAACAGAAGCAUUCGUGAUAUGUGUGGUUCUGCUAUUGCAGAGCUUCAAGUUUCUGGUGUUGGCCAGUCUUCAUUGAAUAGUUUUGUUCUGUCCAUGGAGGAAGUGGCACUGGAGAUACAGAGUCAGGCUAAAGAAGCAGCCUUAAAAUGUGUGCAUUCACAGGAUACUAGUACAAAAGCUAAAAUUGAGCAAAGUUUUAAACAACUUGAAAAUCCUUUUACAUCAUUGAAUUCAGAUUCGAAGCGAAGCCUUUAUUUUAAAUAAAAAUAUAAAACUAUUGAGCCAGUGGAGAAAGUACUUGGUGUCAGAUUUGAGAACAGAAGAAAUAGAUGUACUGGAACUUAUGAUCAGGUAGUUGUUACAGAUAAAUUUGCUUAUGUUCCAAUUUUACAAACUCUGCAGUCAAUUCUAAGUAAUCCACAUCUUAGUGAUAUCUUUAAAUCUAGUCACACUCCAAAUGAUGGUGUAUAUUGUGAUAUAAAAGAUGGGUUGUAUAUGAAAAGGCAUCCUCUUUUUUCAAGCAAAAAUUUGGCAUUGCAAAUUCAAUUAUUUUAUGAUGAAUUCGAGACCGCUAAUCCUCUUGGAUCCAAAAAAGGUGUCCAUAAAUUGGAAGGUAUAUACUUUACAUUGAGAAAUUUU